GUGAGUGAGUGUGUGUGUGUUAGUGGGAAGAUGCCUAUCUGUGCCUGGAUAGGUGACUGUGUAAUGGUGGCUUGGUGCACCAUGGGUCUAACUGGGAGUGACUAGAUGAGAAUGAGUGAAGACAUUGUGGGUCUCACCCCUCAUAUGUGUCCUGAAUCUUACAUUUUACAAAGCAGCAGAGUGCACGGGGCACAGACUUGAAGUUAGAUUCCUGGGAUCAAACCCUGUUUCUACCAUGUAUGAUUUUAAGCAAAUUUCUUAACUUCUUGUUGCCUUCAAUUUCUUCAUCUGCAACAUGAAGAAAUAGUAACAGCUCUUCACCCCCUGUUUUAAGACUAUCAUGAGGAUUAGGACUUUGACUUCUCAGGCGAAGGAAUAUACAUGUCUGUUGCCUCCAUUGUUUCCACAGCUACCCUGUGAUGUGGUCAGCGCUGAUCUCAUCGGACACGUAAAGACACGGGGCUCUGGGGGAUUUACAUGCUCAAGUACAAAGUUAGGAAAAGGCAGAGCCGGGACUCAAACUGAGGUGCUCUGAUCCCAAAAUCCCUGGGGAGAAAGCAGGAGGAAAGCACCUGUGCUUACAGGUGAUCUUCCAAGGUCCUCUGAGGUCCACUCUGGUAGACAACCCUCCUGUGUGUGAAGCCAGGUGAGGGCCAGCAGGUGGUCAGGCUGUGGAGGCAUGUUCAGCUCCCAUCUUCCCCUUUGCCCCCUCCCCUUACUCCUUUUUCUUCCCAGAAAACAGGCUUUGUGCCACAGAUACAGGCUCUUCCUCUAGCUCAGCCUCUGCCUGGACCAGUACCAGAUAAGCAGUAUACAUCCAGGCAGCUGAGAUGCUGCCUCAAUAGUUGCAGAAAGGUGUCUCUGUAGUCUGAGUCAAGUGGUGGUGGGGGCACUGAUGCCCAGAGGUGAUGAAUCUGCAGGAGACUGAAAAGGAGGACUUCAACUAACACACUGCUGUUCACUUAUCCAUCUUUUGAUUCGCUCUCAUCCACUCACAGACCAUCCAUCACAGGCCAUGCACUGCCCUAGGUGCUGGGAUGCUCCCUGAGUGACCAUAUUGGACAAGAUUCCACCUGUGGAAUCACAAUCUGUGUUUGCACCAGACCCACAGGCAGAGUCAAGUCUGGGAAACACUGUUACUGGGCAUUUGGCCCCAGCAGGCAGAAAUAGGAAGUCUGGUUCUGUGGGGAGAUUACAGAUUGUUCAAGCCUGACCCCAGAUCUUCCCUUUCCUCACUCCCCUCCUUAUCUCCUGCUCCCACCCUUCAAGUGGGGUCUGAAAAGCACAGUCAGCCCCCAGCUUUCCACAGGAGCCCUCUUGCAAGGCCACGAAGAUGAGCCGGCUCUGCCUCUCUGCAGCCCUUCUGGUCCUCCUGGGCACCCUGGUGGCCAGCAUCCCAGGGUAUGACACCAGCAACCAGGCCAAGGCCCAGCGGCCUGACUUCUGCCUAGAGCCUCCAUAUACGGGUCCCUGCAAGGCCAAACUGAUCAGAUACUUCUACAACGCCAAGUCCGGGUUCUGCGAGACCUUUAUAUAUGGCGGCUGCAGAGCUAAGCGCAACAAUUUCAAGAGUGCAGAGGAUUGCAUGAGGACCUGUGGUCGUGCUACCAGGCCCUGGAAGAACCUGUGAACUGUGCUCCCCUGAGAUGCUGAAGUACAAGGAAGACCCACCCAAAGCUGGGCUCUAGCUGCUUCUGAAAAAUUUCAGCCUCCUUUUCUUUCUUCUCAACCCUCCUCUCCUCAGCAGAAAGAUGUGUCUCUCUCCUUCCUCCACAGGUCCACUUACUUUAGCCCUAUCUCAUCCAGUUUGCUCUAAGCACCAAGAAAGCAAAUCUUCCCUUUAUCCCUCACAUUUCCCACAAUUUCUGGCACAAAGGAAACAGUCCAGAAAUACUUGAGGAAGGAAGGAAUGAAUGCAGGAGUAAAGUUCCUCAUGACUGGAGUAUCUGUAGAGCCUGAGAUUUGAAUCUGGAAUUCUUGUCCACAGCAUCCUCACCAUCAUCCUCCACCCCACCAUCACUGCUCUCCCUCUGCUGGCGAAAGUAGAAUUUCCGUCAUCGAGUUUUCAGCUCAAUGGUGGGAGAGGUCUUUUCAUGAAAAAAGCCUCCUCCUCACAUUGAUUUGAAGGUCUGUGGCUUCAAAGAAUCUGGCUUUAUCUUUAAAUAAAUUCAUAUUUUGCUUAAACUAA